CUGUUGAACGCGCGACCAGCCGCAUCGCCCGAUCUUCAGCGCGCAUCUGGGAUCUGCUGCUACCUCGUGCCAAUCCGUUCCAUGUCAUUGCGCGCCUCAGCCGUGCAGCUCUCCCGCCUCUACGCCUUCCGACGGGCUCGUCGCUCCAUGUAGCCUCGGCUGGACAGAUCUCUCGCCUUUUCCAAUCGCGCCUUGGGCUGUUGUUUGCGGCUGUCGCACGUAACAUUUGCCCAAGCCGACCAAUCUUACCCUGCGGUCGCGGUUAGAGACGCAGUUCCUCCGACAUGUCACUGAAUGGGUUGGACGAUGUGCGGGUCAAGGAGGCCUAUGAGGCGGCGGUCGCGGAACCGGGAGGAUGGUUCCUGCUGAAGUAUGCCACGCGUGAUGAAGUCGAGCUCCUCGGUCGGGGCAACGGCGGCACCGUCGAGAUUCGAAACAACAUUGCGCAGUACGAGGAGAAGUCGCCGCUCUACGGCUUUCUGAGAUACAGACGCCGCAGUGUCAUUGUCAAGUACCUGCCCGAGGAUUGUUCCAGGUUAAUUCAAGCGCGAGUCACUGUUCACUUCGAUGCCGUGUGCGACCGCUUCUCGCCCUACGACACCACUUUCUCCAUCGCCGAUGCCAAGGAGCUCAAGGACAACAAGUUAUCUGCCGCAUGUUCCCUGCACGCCGCCUCAGGCUCGACCUCCUCCUCGACAAGUUCGCUGCGUCGGAGACGGCUGAUGGAGAUUGCGGAAGAGGAGGAGGAAGAAGAGCGGGAGAGAAAGCGCCAGUCGGUUGUCAAGGAGGAGGAGCGCCCUAGAUCGCCUACAGCGUCGACCACCGAGCCUCCUGUCAAGCUCGACGCGGAGCUUGCAAAGUCGCCAGAAGCCUCGCGCUUCGCCGCUGACUCGGAAUUCCUUCACUUCACAGGAGCCCCGCGGCCUUCGUCCCCGGCAAAGUCUUUUGACGAGACUGGCCGGCGCAUGUCGUCGCAGUCCUCGCGAACCGACCUCUACCCGACCACUUCUCACCCUUACUCCAAGCCGCGCGUCAAGCUAGGACCCAGGCCCUCAGCCGAUCUUGCCGGGCGCCCACGCUCCUCUGCGGGCAGCACAACACACCGUCCGGUCGCGACAGUGCCAUCCGGACUCAAGUCGUAUUCCAAGGGCACCAGGAAAGGGCGCGCGCAGUCGCACACCCAGGACGAAGAAGGGCCAGAAUUUCCAAUCAAGGAGCAGGCGGAAGAUCUUGUCCCGGCAGUUGAAGCCGUCACUGUUGACGACAAACCUUCUGACGCUGAGCUUCCCGAGUCGACUGCCAGCAGCGGAACGCAGCCGCCGGUCACUUCAACUUCUGCACCCAAGCCAUCGGUGCAGCCGCCGAACAAACAAAAUACCAUGACGCCGGAGAAGGCACGGCUGUUGAAGGCCAUGAAGUUGAGAGAGAAGAAGAUGAUGAUGAGCUCACAGCCAACGCUCGGGGCGCCGGCCACCGACAUACCAUCUGCCCCGAGCACUCCCGGUCCCCCGGAGGAGAAGCCAGAGUUCGAGACGGCUGGAGACGAGGCGUCGGUUGGUGAAGCAGCGGACGAGGGUGAUGGACAGCCAGAUGACCCUGCUGGAGCCUCCCAUGCUGACUCUGGAGUUGACAUCGGCACCGAUCAUGCCUCGGUAGACACACAAAUGGAUUCCCAUCCGACGUCUCCGCUAGCUGGCUCGGAGAUUGGGGAUUCGACUCAGGCUUCGUCGCCAUCCGAGUCGACGGAUGAAACCGUGCUUGCCAAGGAUCAUGAUCUGGCCAGUGAACGCGGAAAACAUGAAGCUCACGACAACGAUCUGGCGGCAUCGACUCCUGAUGAGACCUCGCCUUCCGCAGAAAAUACUGACGAAAUCGAUUCUGGUUUGCCCGAUAGACAGUCAGUAGUGACUAUCACUGCUGCGGAUGGAGACCGAGGCAUCCUGAAGGAGCCGCCCGUGACAGCAGAGAGCAAGACGGAGUCGAAGGAGCCGGCUACCUCGGACGAAGAAGUAAGGCACACCGUUGCUGAGUCUUCGCCGAUGCCUCCAUCCUCCGAGGUACCCGCUCCGUCUACCGUGCAGGGGGAAAGCACAAGCGAUGCGGCGGCACCUGAGACUGCGGCGCACCCUGCGCCAGUUUCCCGCCCUGUUGAGGCUGAGACGGAUCCUGCUGAUGCCGGCCGUGCUCCAGAGGAGAAGCCUGCGUCGCCACAGCUUCCGAUUCCCCUUUCCAAGUUUGCCACUACCCAUGAGACAAAGUCGCCUGUCGGCUCUGCUAGCCAAAGUAUUCCUUCGAACGUUGCCGAAACCUCAAAUGUGGAUUCGUGGCGCGCCGGGAACUCUCCGCCGCCAGUCCCACCAAAGGACAACACCGACGCGGCGGACGAUAUUGCUGAGACAGCUGGAAAGGAAUCCAAAAAGCGGCAGUUCCCGGAGCCUAUCCGGACAGACCUCGACGCUGCUGAUAACGACAAGCGACGAUCGGUUAUCAGCAUCCUGGAUAACGAUGGUUUCAUGGACGAGCUGCAGUCCGCGACUGUGCAAGAGGCUACGCCGAUCACCGUGUCGAAGUCUCCCAUAUCUCCGUUCUUCUCUCUCGACCAGAACUCUAAGAGAGCUACUGGCGGGCCGGAGAACUUCACUGCCCCGCGCUUUACGCGAACCGUCUCCAGUCCUGUCCGGAACUCCUUUUUGGCUCCUGGAGAAGCGGCUGCGGGCGCAGCCAGGUCGGCCUCGUCGGGCGCUCCUUCUCUGCAGAAGAGCUCUGCGCAGCAGACAGCAGCAGACCUGCGGCCCAAGAGCGCCAAGCUGGGGUCGAGCAUCUCGCAGCGAAUCAAGGCACUGGAGAAGCUGUCUGGCAGCACUGCCACUGCAGAGGCGGCCCCUAGGGAGCGGCCGGCCUCGACUUUUUUCGCCGUUCGCAAGGCGAGUACGCGGGAGCCAUCGAGAUCACCAUCUGUGGUUGACAGGGCCAGCUCAUUCACAAGGGGUCCCACGCCCUCUCCGCCACCGUCGAGACAGUCAUCCCCAGAGGCUGGCAAGGUCAUGGGACGCGGCCGGUCCGGCUCCCUGGUCAAUCGUCUGUCCAUGUUCGAAGGCGGAAUGCCUCCACGAGGCCGGCCCGAAUCCGUGCAGGUGACGGCGCGGAUCGUCCGGGACCCGAAUCAGCCGUUCCCCAGAGCUCCCCAGUCCAAAGGGGGUUCUGUAGACCCCGCUCCACUGGAAUUGAAGCAGUCACCGCUGCUUGUGGACGUUCAGAACCGUGCUCCGUCGCACAGCCCUGUGCGACCUCCAAGCGUCAUGUCGGCCCAUACAUUGGAGCGGGAGAUCGCGGUUCAGGCGAAGCAGACGCUCCUGGAGCGACGGCUGUCCAAGCAAUCUCAGGAGGGAGACAAAGAGGCCGCAAAGCCUGGAGCUCAACAGGGUUCUGAUGGGCCGCGCCCGCGGCGGCGAUCUUCCCUAUCGGUCGUGAAGGACUUCAUCAAGGACCGCACCGAGUCCUUGAUGAGCGCAAAGUCGCCUUCAACAGACAACCUGGGAAUCACCGCGUCGUCUGCGCCAACGGGCCUUUCCUCACCUGCAACCGCUGCUUCCUCGCGGUCCCCGUCUCGUCCGCCGUCGGCCCAUCAGGGUGGGUCCCUGACUCGCCGUCUCAGCAUCGGCAGCCGGCGCUCAUCAACCGAGCAGAGCAGGCCUGCCGUUUCCGCCGCCGGCAUGUCCGCUGCCCGUGCGGCGGACGGUACCGCCGCGUCCGAAUGGGAAGCUAAGAACAGCAGCACGGCGGCCGACAAGAAACCAGGGCCUGGCAGUCCGGGCCCUGCAAGUCCGAACCAGAGCAAGGGCAACCGCGCUACUCGGUUCAUGCGCCGCCUUUCUAACACGCUGGUGACCGGCAGGAAAAACACCGCCCCGUCCAUUUCGCCGACUGUGGCGGAGGAAGACGCCGCCGAGGUCGAGGCGGCGUCAAGGGGCAGCACGGCAACGAGCGCUGCGGCGCAGUCCCAGCCCAGCAUCGUCGCUUUCAUGGGGGAUGUCAACGUCCAGUUCCCGGACAACUUGCUGUGGAAGCGGCGGAGCAUCUGCCUCGACAGCCAGGGGUUCCUGAUCCUGAGCGCGGUGCAGGGCACGGCCAUGGUGCCAAGCACUGCGCUGGGCAAGGACAAGCACGGGGCCAUGGUCAAGCGGUAUCACAUGAGCGACUUCAAGGCUCCGUAUGCACCCGAUGUGGAGCUGCAGGAGCUGCCCAACAGUGUCGUCCUCGACUUGGUGGAUGGCAGCGCGCUGCAGAUCGCUUGCGAGGAUCGGGCGGGCCAGAUGAGCAUUCUGCACAUCCUCGAGGAGGCGCACCGCAACCACGCCAAUUUCGGCCACUGAAUCUCCUGCCCAACGAGUCCAUCAUGACGGGCAAGCAACGGCAUCGCCGUGCGGUCUGGCAACCAAACUGUUAUUCUUUAGGGGCUGAGAU